CAUUAAGAACCUGACAUUUGAUUCUAUCUCAGUGUGUUGUGCCUUGGUCCUCUGAAACAGAAUGGAUAGUGAGCAAAAGGUCAAAGCUGUUGUUGCUGGUUGCAUAUAUUCAGGGCCACAACUGACAACAGAGCCUUAGGAAUAUCAUAAUAUUAAAGAUGGCAAAAUGCUUGGUCAAGAUCCGGACUCAACGAAGCCUCCACCUGCACAUGAUGAACCACUGUAGCAGUAAUGUGUUUGUUCGUCUGCUGAAACAUGGCUCCAAGGUCAUACCUCGAAAUGCUGGUGCCCCAUUGCCUAAAGCAGAUGUUUCUGAGUCCCUGGCUGUCAGCUCACCAGUGAAGAGAGCUCAGGGUGCAGAUGCUCUGAGUGAAGAGGAAGAGAGAGGAAAAGAAGACCCCUUGACGAUCUCUGAACUAGCAUAUAUUCCCAGUACCAGUCUGCUCUCUACCCCAGUAGAUGAUGAUGAAAUUGACAUGCUUUUUGACUGUGUAUCUAGGCUCGAAUUAGAUAGAGAAGACAUGGAUUUAUUUGAGGAACUGGAAGCAGAUGAAAAUGCCUUUUUGAUGGAUGAAGAGGAGGAGCUGAAGGAAGCCCGUCAAGCUUUUUCAUGGAGCUAUUCCAUCUUGACUGGCCGUAUCUGGGUCAAUCCUAUAGUCAAACGUUGCUCCAGGCUCCUUGUGGUGGUCCUGGGACUCCUGCUGUUUGUAUUUCCACUGCUCCUCCUCCUUUUGGAGUCAGUCUUUACGCCAUAAACAGAAUCAGCAGGACCUGCACAUGGGUGGACCCAUUCAAGAUUUGUUUUCCACAUUCCAGCCUCAGUCUAUGAUUGAGUAGGCAAGUUCAUGAGUGAGCCCAGAGCUCAGCAGUCAUCAGUUCAGAGAGGAAGAAAGAAACAUCACUUGGGCCUCAGGCUUCAGCUGUAUUCACCCAUCCUUUAGUAAAGCUGAUUUGGACCCUCUUC